AUGGCCGCUGUUUCUACCUUCGCGCAGCAAGGCCGCCGCAAGCAGACAACAUAUGGCAGGGCAUCUCGCAACGCAAACGCAUGGGAUGUUAGUGGCUUCGAUGCGUCCGACGACGACGAUGGACAGGCAGCGCCGCAGGUUGUGGUGCCGCGCGCGUCGAAGACGGUGAAAGGGGCAUAUACGGUGCAGAAGCAGGAAAGCAAGGAACAUAAGCUGAAGCCGGUCAAAGCAAGAGCGAAGAAGCAGGACGACUUUGAUGUGCCUUCUUCGGAUGACGAGGUUGGCAACAGCAUCACGCGCCGAUCCCCGCCGACUUUGGGCUCGAAGCGAAGACUGGUAGAUGCUGGCGAGCACAAGGAGGAAGAGCUGGCACCAUGGGAAAGGCGGGCCACUGAAACGACCGGAACAACAGAUGGGAGCCAGAGAGCGCAUACAAGUACAUGCGACGCACCAGGAGAGCAGCUGAUCACCGAGCUCGCACAAGCCACGCCAAAGAAGAGUGCAAACCCGAAAGACAAAGUGUCGACAAGUUCACCUCCGAAAGAUGUAGGCAGCCCCGGUGGCUCGAGUGCUGCAGCUCGGUUGAAAGCUCGCAGGCUACAGACGGGCAGUCAGACGCAGCCCAGCGCGGAAGAUGUGCCAAACAAGCAGAUUUCGCGGAUACACAAGCGCUUUGAGCACGAUGGUGCCGAGUCGGAUCCGACUCCCAGGAAGCGGCCUAGGUCUGGCGAGCUCCAAGCAUCAGUGGACGGCGAAGACGUUGCGAUGGAGGAUCUGCCCCCACCGAGAUGUGAAUCAAUGACUCCAGGACCAGAAGUGGUUGCCUCACCGCCGCCGCCGCCCAAGCCUGCUAGUGGCGAUAUCUUCGACUUCCCGGAGUCCAGCGCAGACGAUGUAAAUCGUGUGCCGCCAAAGAUGGUCAAACGCACUUCACCUCAACAGCAUACCAGACGAGGGAAGCUGAAAAUGACGUCUCGAUCGUCGCCCCGUAAGAUGGAGUCUGCUCCGGCAAGACUGCAUGGAAUGCUUCCUCGCAGCGACACAGAUACGACUGAUAGCACAGCCAAGUCGCCAUCGAUGUCGACAAGCCGACCAAGUACGCCUAACAAGUCUGGGAGGAACCGCAAUAUGCUCACGCCGGAGACAGCAGUGAAGACUAGAGACACUGCGACCUCUAAGCAGGGAGACUUGUGGGAUCAGGUGAUGGACGAAGAAGAGUCUGCGCCUUCGCCAAGUGGACUGCCAAUGCAAGAACUGACUUUGAAAUCGACCAAGAGACCGAUUGCGAAUCCCUCUACCAUCCGCGCCACACUAUCAAAGUCAAGCUCGGAUGUGGGACCAGCUCGGCGGCGUACAAAACUGGUUGAUCGAUUGAAAGCCUCAGCCCCAAGCUCUGAAAACGGUUAUUCGGACGACGACGAGUCAACCGAUGAGGAUUCUACAGACGUGGAAGUUAGCAGUGAGGGUGCGAGUCCUGACAAGUCUACUUUAAGCCAGUCGCAGAUGUACAGUCAGACUUCUGCUACUGCUGACUCCGGACCCAAAAUCACAUAUGCUGCUCGGGUGCGCUCAUAUCUUCCAGAAGACAGCUUCGAAGAGGGCCUUAUGCUAGGCCUGCAAACGGAAGACUCGCAGCCAGGCCCAGUUCUGAACAGGCGUACAAACAGCAAAUCAGCCGCCGAAUCGCAGAAAUCAGCAUUUGAUCUAGAUAACAGCGAUGACGAUGACACUGGUGGUCGAAUGCGCACCAUUCACGAGUUACGUGCUGGUGGAGGCAAUCGCCGCUUUGAGGACGAGACGACAAGCCUGCUCUACGAUAUUGCCGACCACAAUGCCUCAGGAAGAAGCCGGAGGCGAAGUGCGUUAAUCGAGCUGGCCAACAAGUUGAAUGACAAGACAUUUGUGGAGAAGUUCUUCAGACAUGGCUUCGAGGGACGGCUACUAAAAGAGUGCGGAGGUGCUUCAGAUACCAUUGCGGAUGUGUUAUUGGCUUCGAUUCUGAACUUGCUUCUCGCGAGCGACGCACCAGAUCACCUUGCUCAAUCGGCCAGAGAUGGUGGUUGUUUGCAGUGGCUCGUCCAGAUUGCUUCAAACCGAUCUGACCUGAAUGUGGUUGCAAAAGACCGCAGCAACAACAUGUCGAAGUCUGCCCAGUCGACAUUCAAUGACUUUGUCGGUCAAAUGGCUCGACAGGAGCGGAUUUGGGACGAUGCCAAGCCGAACACCAUCACUAUCCGCAUCUUGGCUCUCAAGGCGCUCGAGAAGGUUGUCAUGAAGCUGCGCAGAUCUGGCGAUAGGACCGAUCUAAUCCGCUCCGAGCAUGUGAGAAGCAUCGCACCCUCUGCAGACGACGUCGCCAGCAUCGAUGGUCCAACAAAGCUUAUGGAAGUUUUGUUGUCAGUGUCGGUCCUGGAGUCACUCUAUGGCAAUGCUGCUACGCUAUCCUGGCCAUCUGAUGUGACCGAACGAGUGGUUAGCAUAUUGCUGAUGCCCGCGAAGGACCAAGCAGCAGUGCAGACUCUUCAUAUUCUGUGCUUACGCCUGUGCACUUAUCUCACAACGGAUAACUCGCGCAACUGCAAGGCUUUCUCGAGGUCUGAGCUGAUUUGCCAUCUCCUAGGCGCGAUGCUCAACAGCUUCCGCCUGCACACUACUGAGGUUGUCAAGGAGCAGCGCGAGAAGAACCUGGCGUUCCUGGUGCCAGCAGUCGGCGUUACCAUCAACCUUACGUUGCACAACGAGAAAGCACGCAGUUACGCUGCAACGGCAGAGGCAGCGCCACUUCUAAGCGACCUCGUGGUCGAAUUUCAGGUUGGACAAAAGCACAUGCUUGAUGCCGAGUCGGAAGAGGAUGGUGUGGCGAAUGUUGCAUAUGGAUACCUGGCAGUGACGCUUGCGAACCUGUGUCGAAACAAAUCGGCUAAGCAGGUGAUUGCUUCAAAGUUGCCAGGAAACAAGCUCAGCACACUUGUCACUGCUGUCGAGGAAUUUAUCGCGCAUCAUCAGAAAGUCGAUAUGCUGAAUGAUGAGGCAGGCGCGGAGGUGUGGGGUGCCUUUACGGAGAUGCUGAAGGGCAUCCUAGAAAAGCUGAAGUUGGAGGCCUGA